AUGCCAUACUUUACAUCCAGCGAAGAGUGGCAGCGCCAAUCGGCUCUGCUGCUGCAAGCACGACCAAACACCGUACACGCCUCCGCAGAUUCAAAACCCGCACAGCCCAUUGCUCAACUUGAGCUCAAAACCUUCGAUCCAGUCUCGGGAACAACGCUGAAAUACCGCACCGACAAGGCUGCAGAGGUCGGAAGAUUGAUCGCUGCAAUGGGAAGUUUGGGCAGGGAAAUGGCUGCCUUGCCAGAGGUCAAGGGAGAUGUAAUCAUGGAGGAUGCGACACAAGACGUUGAAGCGAAUGCAGAGGCGCCAGUGCAGGCGCAACCGCAACAGCAGAAUACCGCGCCAAAGAAGAAGAAGAAGGGCAAGAAGUGA